AUGCUGCUGGUGCUGCUGGCGGUGCAGCUGGUUAAUAGCGCCCCCGAGUCCAGCAACAACAACAAGUGCCUGUGCCAGGCCUCGGGCUGUCUCUGCUGCGUCGAGCUCAACCUUACCAAGUCGCUCGACCUGGGCGGCCCGGCUUGCGUCAACGUGCGCCAACGCGAGCGCAACGUCACCCUCAACCUGAGCUACGCCGACAAUCCCGUGCACAACGCAACCAUCGACAUCGCCCAGGCGGCCCACAAGCCAACGUGUAUCAACAUGCUCUUGGAUUUCGCCCAGAUAUGCGCCAAGUUUGACUCCAUGAGGGUUGCCAAGUCGGAGGGGAGCUACGACGGCUGUUUGGUGAUCGAGCCGGUGCUGCUCGGCAUGUCCCACAUCACCUACCCCGUGGGAUGCUUCAAUUUCAACGGCGGUCAGGUGCGACGGAUCGAACCUCCUCAGCAGCAUCCCUUUGAAGAGGAGGACGAGGACGAGGAGGAUGAGGAGGAGACGGGCUUAAACACCGACGAGUUGAUAGCAGCGGUGUCGGCGAGUGCCGAGCAGGGCAUAGCAAUGUUGUCGCAGUGGCUGGCCCAGAGCCUCUCCCCGAGGCUCAACGUCACGAGUAUGCUCAGCAACCACGCCAACAGCGGUCCCGAGGCUACGGCCGCCAACGGCGAAUCCGACAAAUUGGAGCGCCCGACUAACGCGCCCGCCACGAGCAGCAGACACGGACGCACCAUAACGGUCUUGGGCGAAAGCGAGCAGGACAAAAACGAGGAAAGGUUUAAGCAGUUGCUCAGCGCUCAGGACAACAUACUCAAGGAGUCGGCAACGAUUGGAAAACCCCCGCGUGGCUAUAAAACGGCUUUUCUCUACUCGCAACCGGAUACCACCGAAUUGCGCGUUCCCAAUAACGAAGCUAUCAUUUCUCUGGAAAAUCUAGCCGUCGUACCUUCGGAUUCGAGAAGAGGUGGUAGAGCUUACAACAUACAUCAACACAUCAAUGAAGUAUAA